GAAUGGUCUAGAGAGAGAAAAACGGAUAGAUAGAUAGAUACAUACAUACACUCUCAUACAGAUAUAGAGCGAGCAAGAGUGAGAGAGAGAGAGAGAGAGAGAGGAGAAUGUUGCUAAUGAUACAGUCUUCUUCCAUAUCUCCUCCUUUGCAGCACCUUAGCAGCGCUAGUAAUACUACGGUUCUUGUUCCAAGACUAACGCCUAACCAUAAGCUGCAAACUAUUUCUCUCACUAUCCACAAACACAAUGAGUUCCGAUUAUCAGCAUCUCCCUCCGUUUCUUGCCGCUUUCCGAGAACACCCGCCAAGCGUUCUUCAUUCCGGGUUUUUGCACGGAAAAUGGAAAUAUUUCCUUUAGCUUCAAAAGACCUUGAGGAAUCCUCGCCAGACUUAUUAACUGUUGAAGAUAUUACCAGUGUGAAUAGACCAUUUCUAUUUAUAUCUGCUUUCUCAUAUGGGUCAAUUUUGUGGUUGACAUCUGCACAAGUGUCACAUGCCAGUGAAGGUGUCAAUGUGAAUAUGGUUUACGAGGUUGGGGAGUUAUUUGAACUGGGGAUCCAGCUUACCUACCUGCUUUUGCUACUAGCACUGCUGGGAGCUGGAAGUUUCUUUGUCAUUCGCCAAGUCCUUGUCCGUAGAGAGCUUGAUCUUUCUGCUAAAGAAUUACAAGAGCAAGUUAGAAGUGGUGAUGCAAGUGCGACGGAGCUUUUCGAACUUGGAGCUGUUAUGCUGAGAAGAAAAUUUUAUCCAGCUGCAACUAAGUUCCUGCUUGAGGCUAUUGAUAAAUGGGAUGGAGAUGAUCAGGAUCUCGCCCAGGUUUACAAUGCUCUGGGUGUGAGUUAUGUUCGGGAAGGGAAAAUUGAUAAGGGAAUUGCCCAAUUUGAGACUGCUGUAAAGAUCCAACCAGGUUAUGUGACUGCCUGGAACAACCUUGGGGAUGCCUAUGAGAAAAAUAAAGACAUGAAGAGUGCUCUUAAAGCAUUUGAAGAAGUUCUACUUUUUGACCCUAACAAUAAAGUAGCACGUCCUAGGCGAGAUGCAUUGAAGGAUCAAGUAACAAUGUACAAAGGAGUUUCCGUUAAGUCAAAGAAGAAAUGAGUUUCCUGUAGUGUUUAUUCUGCAUUUUCUCCCUCCUUUGAGGAUUGAUUGCAUGACUCUGAACUUGUACAGGGAUUCUGGAUCUCAUGAAAGAGGAUGAGUUUUGUUGGUUAAGGAAUCUCUCUAUAUAUUUUCAUAUUUAGG